CUUAUUUUCAAAAGCAACUAAAACUUCAAAAUGGGGAAAAUGCUACACUCUGCCGGUAAUUAUACAAGAAUCAUUGGAUUUAUUUACAUAUUUAGAUCUCAUGUCUCGCCUCCGGCGCGCCCAGCUCCGCCGUCCCUCGUUGCGGCUGCCAGCAGCCGAUGAAGAGCAUCUCCUCGCCAUUGCUCGUUUAUUCACCGACCGCCACCCAUCUUCUCCACUCGCGCUCGACUCUGCCCUCUCACCCCUCCUUCUCCGCCUCACCCACCCCUCCUCUCUUCUCCGCGCCCUUUCCCUUCUUCCUUCACCUUCCGCCGCCCCCCUACUUAUGCUAUCCGCCAUCCGCCUGCGCUCCCCUCUCGCUGACCACCGCGCCACCGGCAAAACCUUAAACCUUCUCCUUCGCUCACGUAACCUCCGCCCCGCCGUCGAUUUCCUGCUUUCCCUCCCUCACCCAUCUCCUCUCCUCCACGAUGCCCCCUUCAACGCCUUAAUUCGCUCCCUGGCCCGCGCCGGCCAUCUCCGCCGAGCCGUUCAGGUUUUCCGGCUAAUGCCGGCCCGCGGAGUGGCAUACUCCGCUUUCUCCUUCAACUCCCUCUUCGCCGCUUUAUUCCGCCGCGGCCGCACCCGCGCCGCUGCACGAUUGUUCCACCUCAUGCUUCGUCUCGGCGUUCCGCCCGAUGCCAUCACUUUCAACACUGUCAUUCGUGGCUUUUGCCUUAAUACAAUGCUAUCCGAGGCCUUCCAUGUUUUUCGCUUAAUGCCCCGCCACCACUGCGACCCCGACGUUGUCACCUACAACACUCUUCUAGAUGGGCUCAUUCGGACAGGGAAGUUUGGUGCUGCUCAUAAAUUGUUUGAAGAAAUGCAGAAGAAAAUUGCUGAUGUUGUGCCCAAUGUCGUUUCCUAUACCACCCUCAUCCGUGGCUACUGCAGCCGGCUUAUGGUGGAUAAAGCCGUUGCGUUAUUUGGCAAAAUGGUGGUUGUUGGCCUAAAGCCGAAUAAGAUUACUUUUAAUACCCUUAUGAAGGGCUUUUGUGAAGCCGGAAAAUUGAAUUUGAUGAAGAAUUUUUUUGAUAAAAAAGCCGGUUUCAAGCCUGACAUUUGCACCUUCAAUACUCUGAUAGCUGCACACUGCAAUGCUGGUAGUGUGGAGGACGCACUCAAGACGUUUGAUCGAUUGACGGAGCUUGGCUUGAAGGGUGAUUCUGCUACUUACAGCACUCUUAUUAGGGGGCUGUGCUCCAUUGGGAAGUUUGGGAGAGCAGAAAUGUUGGUUGAUGAGCUCCAUGAGAAGGAGGUUUUCAGGAGAGCUGAUUCUUGUCUCCCCUUAAUGGCUUCUUAUAACCCGCUGUUUGAGCAUUUGUGCAGCUGCGGGAAGACAGAGAAAGCUGGGAAAGUUCUUCGGGAGCUGCUUGAUAGGAGAGCUACUGUGGAUAUUGCUGCAUUCAAGACAAUUAUCCUAGGGUAUUGCAGGGAAGGUGCAUUUGUAAAAGGAUACAACCUGCUGGUUUCAAUGGUGAUGAGGGACCUGAAACCGGAUUAUAAAUUGUGUGAAGAGUUGGUGAAUGGAUUCAUAUCCAAGGGAAAUAUUGGCUGUGCAUUGGAGGCUAUGAAGAGGAUGUUGGAUAUUGGUCACCGGCCUAGUACGGAUUGUUUUCAUUCAGUCUUGGAUGGGCUUUUGAGAAAGGAUGGUUAUGCAAAUGAAGCUGCUGAUUUGGUUUCUGUAAUGUUGGAGAGGAAGAUCCGUCAGAAUAGUGAUCUUUCAACUGACGUUGUUCAUAAGCUUUUUGGAAAUGGUUUGAAUGAAAAAGCUUUCGGGAUUAUUCGGCUGCUUUAUGCUAAUGGGUAUUGCGUGAAGAUGGAGAAGCUCGUCCUUAUUCUUUGUCAAGAGAGGAAAUUCCUGGAAGCGCGAGGCCUUUUGUUAUUCAGUUUGGAGAAAAAAGAAAAUUUGGAUCCUCAAGUUUUUUGCAUGGUUGUGAAUGGGCUUUGUGAAAUUGAGAGAGGUUCAGAAGCUUUUGAUUUGUUUUAUAACGUGGUUGAUGAGCACGGAUCAGGUGUUAUCUCUAGCUGCAUGAAGUCCUUAAUGCUGGCUCUUGAGAGAACUGGAAAGCUGAAAGAAGCAGAGUUUGUUUCUAAGCAAAUUAUUAGGACAGAUAUUGGAGAGAAACCCAAUGUUAGAAUAAGAGUCAUGGAAAAUGGCUUCUCCCUGUCACAACCCAUGGGAUAUAUGGUAAAGGUAACUGUAAGCGAACUUCAAUUAUGCAAGUUGCUCCAGAAUGAGGAAACUAGCAAAUGGUGCGGUGCCUAAUGGCAUUAUUAGAAAUUGAAGCUAGUGAUCUUGAUAUCUGAUGCUUUCCAUGGCUUUCAAAGGCACUUGAAUCGAGUGAAGAAUAGAAGCAGCGGCAAUCAGCAACUUCUGAAUUUUUUGCUUCUGUGAAAUGGAAUCUAGAGUUUUGACAAAGAUGAAAAGUAUUCUGAUGGAUAUAACGGUGAAAGCAUCCUUACGAAGUGAAAGUGGGAUGAAAAAAAUAGGCUGCUAAAGUGGUACAAAGCUAUAUCUUUUGGAUCCUUCAAUGCUUUUUUAUUCCUUUGUACAUUUAAUUACUUUUUAUUACAUGGAUGGGACCUAAGUUUGUUUUUUUACUCCUGCUGAGCAGUUCACUGAUAAUAAUAUAUCCGUGUCAAGGGAAAGUAAAUAAGAAAUUGAAAUGAAUGAAUUUUGGCUUUAUGAUGUAUCACCAACAACAACAGUUCUUCAUACCGGUUUUCUGCAACCGAUAAUCCGGAAAACUGAUGGAUAUCAGUGACUCAGUUGCAUUGUAUGUUAUUAUUCACUAUGUUCAAAGAAUCACUUUAGUGGUUCUGGCGUCUU